AUGUCCACUGCCGACAUUGCCGAGGAACUCAUUGCCGCAUCGCAUCAGCAUUGUGCCUUCACAGUUGUGCUGGUAUACGAUUACACUCUGACCAUCGACCGAGAAAUCGGCUUAUUUUGGUUCGAACGGAAGCUGUCGGGAGCAAGUAUCAUCUGUGCACUCGCUCGAACUGUCGCACUCGGGUACGUGAUUGUAGCAUGUCUCGUCAAUCCAGCAUCUUGGACACCUACAAGGUGUAAGGGUGUGCUACUAGCAUCCGACUUACUCGUGCUGUUGUCAUAUCUCAUCUGGGCAGUCGUGUCCGCUUUCCGGGUGUAUGCCCUCACGCACCGGAAAUGGGCAUCAACGAUCUUGACAUUGGCUCUCGGAAUUGUCCCCGCGGCGAUGAAUGCAGCCACAAUAUCCGUGUCGGCUUAUCAGGUUCAAUCGCUCGGAGGCAAGACUUCCUGCUGGGUGUCCAAUCCUGUCCACCCAGCGAUGAGUAGUAGGUACGCGCGGUUGCGGUUUUUCGAUGCGUUCUCUCCGCGAUUCUGAAUGUACGACAAGCUCAUAUGCAUGAAAGCUUAAAUGCUUCCUGACCUCGUUCUUAUCCUUUAGUUGUGCUUCUGAUAGCCCCUGCAUGCGGCAUGAUAUCUGAUAUCAUUGUGCUUCUCAUCACGUUCCGCUACAUCGUCCACUCCCGUGUCUACGCAUGUGGGCCCGUUCUUCUAAACGGGGCCCUUUGCAAGUUCUACUGAGGGCCGG